AUGAAGCUCGCUGGCCUUGGGCGACCUAUCUACUCGCAGUGCCUCGCCGCGCGCCAGUUUUCGUCUACCACACGCAGACGCAUCGUCAAGCCCAUCACAGAUCUCCCCGACCGUAUAAAGCCAUCCUUCCUUGAGCGCCCAGAUGCUACACUACUCUCACUACAAUGGCCCUCUCCGCCGCGGAAUAUCCUCAUAACGAAGAAGAAGCGCACACCUGGCAUAACAGAUUCACUCAUAGAAUAUACCACGCAUCUCUCGUCCACCUAUCCCGGUAUCAACAUCAUACUCGAGCCAGAGUCCGCGUCAGAGAUCCACGAAGUAGUCUCUUUCCCGGUAUACACAUACGAUCCCGCACCGCAAAAUGGCACGCCCGCCCAUCUUUCGGAUAAGACCGACCUGGUCUGCACCCUCGGCGGCGAUGGCACCAUACUACGCGCCAGCAGUCUGUUCUCACACGCGACUGCUGUUCCGCCUGUACUGAGCUUUGCCAUGGGUACGCUCGGCUUCUUGGGAGAGUGGAAGUUCAGAGAAUACAAGAGAGCAUUUCGAGAAGUGUACAUGAGCGGAGCGAGCGACGCCUACGCCAGCUUGGAAUUCCCCGAAGCAAGCACGCCCUCCGCGGCCUCAGUCUUAGCGGACGACCCGCUCGAUAAGCCGCUCUCAUACGCAGACAUCAGAGGCAAAGCUAUGGGCUCGAAUCGCACUGCGCGCGUCCUUCUGCGGAACCGCCUCAAAGUGGGCGUCUUUGGUCCGAACGGAACCCGCAUCAACAGCUCCGUGGAUCAAGACACGUACGCCCUGAACGAGAUCGUUGUGCACAGGGGCGCCUCGCCUCAUCUGAAGAUCGUAGACAUCUUUGUCGGUGGCCGCUUCCUCACCGAAGGCGUCGCCGACGGCAUGAUCAUUUCUUCACCUACCGGGUCUACAGCAUACUCUCUCUCCAGUGGCGGCUCCAUUGUGCACCCGCUCGUCCCCUCACUCCUCCUCACGCCCAUUUGCCCGCGUAGCCUCUCCUUUCGCCCACUCGUGCUACCCGCCAACACACCCAUCACCCUGCGCCUCGGCGAGAAAAACCGCGGCCGCGAAGUCGAGGUUUCUAUUGACGGGAAGAGCAUCACGGGUGGUAUGGGCGUCGGCAUGGAAGUCCGGGUACUGGGUGAGCAUGUCAAAACUGAGGCGGGUGAGUGGGUUGGUGGCGUGCCGAGUAUUGUGAGGGGGACGGAUGGGAUUGGGAUGGAGCUUAAGGAGGAGGAUCAUUGGGUGGGCGGGCUGAAUGCGUUGUUAAAGUAUAAUUAUCCGUUUGGAGAUCAGGAUACCUCGGAGGGUGAAGGGCGUGCAUGA